AUGGCCGGAGUGCAGAUAGACCCCGCCAAGCUCCAGAUGGUACAGGAGCUGGAGAUCGAUAUGAUGUCCGACAUGUACAACCGCCUCGUGUCCGCGUGCCACCGCAAGUGCAUCCCGAUUAAGUACCAUGAAACUGAGCUAGGCAAGGGCGAGGCGGUCUGCCUGGACCGCUGCGUGGCGAAGUACCUGGACGUGCACGAGCGCAUCGGCAAGAAGCUGUCCACCAUGUCCCAGGGCGAGGAGGACCUCACCAAGAUCAACUUGCAGGAGAACAAGUAGUUGUGUUUGAAGUUUAAAAAUGUAAGGUGCGUUGGUAAAGAAAAGGAUCCAAAAUGGCGUCGCCUUGCGAGGUAACUCUAAGUUACGAAAAACUGUCAUUGUUUGUUUUCACUACAUGAGCUCACGUUCGUUACACUUUUUGUAAAACUAUAAUUAAAACCCUCUUGUUCUGUAGUAGACAGUCUAAAGUUGAGACCGUAAACUGGUAUUACGAAGUACGAAACUCCAUUUUAGAUUCGUUUCUUUAGUUUUACGCCUUAUACGAAAUAUAGUUUAUUUUUUACAUUGGCUAUUGUGGAAAAUUUACAAGACAUUUCCACAAUUUACUGUGACUAUGUAAAUCAUUCAAAUAGAGUUGUCUUCACCUAAAUUGGCACAUAGACGUAAUUUGUAACUAUAUGUUGCCUUAAAAUCACUCUAAUAAACAAUAGCUUUAAAAAAUAAACUUAGAUUUUAUAAGUUGAGAAAGGUUUAAUUUUCCAAAAGCAAGUUUGUAAAGCUGUUGAGUACCUAUUUAGUUUUUUUUUGUAAUUACAAUAUUUUUCUACAAUGACAUGAUGAGUGAUGAAAUAUUGAAAGUACUUAUAAAAAGAAGCAUAACCUAUUCUAAAUAGAGUACAAAAUCUCCUUCAAAAGUGCAUUUGCUGUUUGACUAAGUUGGCUUGUUAGAUAUAGUGGUUGUAUGUGUUAGAAUAGAAAUGUUAAAUAAAAAAACGUUAAUUUUA